GGGCUGGGCGGGGCUGGGAGAGUGGGCCUCCAGCGGGCUGUCCGGCAGGUGUGGCAGUGCGGAGGCAGCAUGGAGGUGCUGCCCUGCUCCCGCGUGGCGCACAUCGAGCGCACCAGGAAGCCCUACAACAACGACAUCGACUACUACGCCAAGCGCAACGCCCUGCGGGCGGCCGAGGUGUGGAUGGACGGCUUCAAGUCCCACGUGUACAUGGCCUGGAACAUCCCCAUGACCAACCCAGGGGUGGACUUCGGGGACGUAUCCGAGCGGCUGGCCCUGCGCCAGAGGCUGAAAUGCCGGAGCUUCAAGUGGUACCUGGAGAACGUGUACCCCGAGAUGAGGACCUACAACAACACCCUCACGUACGGAGAGGUGAGAAACAGCAAGGCCAGCGGCUACUGCUUGGACCAGGGAGCCGAGGACGAUGACCGAGCGAUCCUCUACCCCUGCCAUGGGAUGUCGUCCCAGCUCGUGCGCUACAGCACGGAGGGCCUGCUGCAGCUGGGCCCCCUGGGCUCCACCGCCUUCCUGCCCGACUCCAAGUGCCUGGUGGACGACGGCAGGGCCCGCAUGCCUGCGCUGAAGAAGUGCGAGGACACGGACAGGCCAUCUGUCUCCCGCGACGCCACUGCCGCUGCUGCCAGCCUCGCCCGCAAACAUCAGUCAUUUCAGGGCCGUGCGGGCACCCUGCGGAAGUGA